UUUUUGAUACCUUCCAGCUACAUCUUCAUUAGACUAACCGCUUCUUCAUACUGCCUUGCGCUGUUAUCACGUCUGACUGACCAUCUUCUGUUCUCAUUAUACAGCAUCAAACAUACAAAGCCGCUCUCUUUGCCCUUCCAUUCGCCCCCGGACGCCAUCCCGUGACAUCAUUAGGGGGAAUCCUCCAACUACAACUCUUUGCUUUCAGCCCCAAUUCAACGAGAAAUACUAUCUAUCCUCCACCGGUAACGCUCGAAUCCUGAGCGUCCGUUGGCCUCAGCCGUGAAUCCGUCCGUCGUUCCCUUCUAUCCGCUCGACUGUCGCUUUUUUUUUCUCCCUCACCCCGUCAAUACCGCCAAGCUGUCUUCCCCAAUUCUACUUCAGCGCACCGUCUCCUACGACGCGGCGAACAAACCUCCGCGCCGGGGAAGCAUCUAUCUCAACAUGCCCGAGCGAAACACAGGAGGAGAAGGAGCUGCUGGAGCUCGAAGGAGGAGAUCUAGCAGUAUCCUCCAGGUCUACCACGAGCCUCCGGAGACUCUCGAGCAAAUCAGUGAUCAGGCUUCUCUGCCUAAUCUCAACGCCAACUGGACAAAUGCCAAAGGUGCUUGGACCAUCCAUCUUGUCCUGAUUCUCUCUGCCAAGAUUAUCUUCGACGCGAUCCCUGGUGUCUCACAGGAGACUUCAUGGACCCUUACCAACAUGUCCUACAUGUUCGGUUCCUACAUCAUGUUCCACCAUGUCCGCGGUGUUCCUUUCGAUUUCAACAGUGGUGCUUUCGACAACCUCAACAUGUGGGAGCAAAUUGAUAACGGGGCGCAAUACACACCAACCAAGAAGUUCCUUCUCAGUGUCCCAAUCGCCCUUUUCCUUGUCAGCACCCACUACACACAUUACGACUUGACGUACUUUACCAUUAACUUACUGGCUGUCUUGGGAGUCGUCAUCCCUAAGCUACCUUUUAGCCACCGAAUGCGUUUCGGUCUAUUCUCAGGAAUUCCGGAGGAAUAAGCUACGACGGAGGAGCAGAGACGGAAUAACUACCGCGGGCCUGACUCGUUCCGCUGAUAUCAGGGGCGUUAGGAUACGGCAAUCUUCGGCAUAAAAGAGAAUGGGAGGCACUGCAAAAUAAAAGAAGGGGUCGAGAUUGUGCAAGUUAAUAGCGAGUAUUAUGGGUCACGCAGCUGGCGGACGUAAUACUCGGUCUUUCAGCGGUAGCAUCGAAACAACAAUUGGAUUUUGGGUACCAGCGUCUCCUCAACACUGUCAUUCUUGCGUGAGCCACUCUCAUAUCCUACGAAUACCUGACCUCCCCGCACCGUUGUCAUGGGCGCUGGCAAACCUUGUCGGGCGUUUUGUCCGGUGGUGAUGUGCAUAAUGUCCUCACGAAGAACAAGAGAGGCCGCCUCUAAAGCCUUACUAUGCCAUCGUCUCAUUAUCGAAUCGCUUCAUCAUGCGAUGUCAUAAUACAAAGGUAUUUGUGGUGAGCUGGCGUCAGGUCUCUGAGGCAAUCGGCGUCCCCUAUCGCUUCAACUGAGGGCAGCAUUUGCAUGUGGACGAGUAGCGUAAUGGAUUCUUAUCCAUC